AUGACCGUGGCUCUCUGGGCGACUGCUGCAGCCCUGGUGGCUGUGUCGCUGCAGGGCCAGGUCACGGCCCAGGUGGUCGAUGCAGCUGCGACAACCUGGUGGCGGCCACGCCUGGGUUACAAGUUCCAGUACCAACUGAAGAUGGCGUUUGAUGUCAAGAGGGACUUCAUCCCGGGCGUGCAGGCGAGACAGCGCGGCGCGAGCACGUGGCCCGGGCGCAGAGGCGCGGAGAUUGGCCGCGAGCCGCCGCCACCUGCUGAGUGGGUUUACCUGAUCGACGGUUUCGAGGCCACGAACGCUGACGUGGCGGUGAUCUUGUCAAAGGGGUUCUUCCCAAUCUGCUACUUCAGCGCCGGAUCCUACGAGGACUGGCGGCCUGACAAGGGGUUGUUCCAGGCCAGUGACUACGGGAGCAAGCUGAGCGGCUGGGCCGGCGAGUUCUGGCUUGAUGUGCGGUCGGCAAACGUUAAAGUGAUCAUGACAGCGCGAAUGAAGAUGUGCAAGGCAAAGGGCUUUGUGGGCAUAGACCCUGAUAACGUCGACGCUUUUGCAAACCCCAGCGGCUUCCCUCUGACGGCCGCCGACCAGCUGGCGUAUAACAAGUGGCUGGCCGCCACGGCCCACGGGCUGGGCCUGGCCGUCGGCCUUAAGAACGACGUGGGCCAGAUCCAAGACCUCGUGGGGGAUUUCGACUACUUUGUGAACGAGUGA